CCGCUUGCCGCUCAACGCAGCUUUUCAGCUGUAAAAAAUAAAUAGCACACGCUGCCAAAAUAAAAUAACUGGGCCCGCUUUCCAAACUGCAACCUUAUACAGCAAAAUGGCAUCGCCUGAGCCGCAGGCUGACCCGCCUAAAAAAACAAAAUCGCGUACUGUUCGAAUUCACGUCGAUCUGAAAGAAAAGGCUCCAGGCACCAUUGUCUGUUACGCUGACCUGCUAAGGCAAGCUCUCAAAGCGAAGGAAAAUAAUACCACUACUCAUGACGAACCGCCUCCCAAUCAGGAAGCAAAACACCCUGAACAGCAAUCAGAAGACAACUUUUUUCAGGGACUGCUGGCAAGAAGCGCAAAUUACACUCUUCAUGACGACCAAGACGAUGAGGACUCGGUCGGCAAUUCAAAUAGGAAAAAGCUACCAGAAAACGAAUACGAUGUCGAAGAUCCUUUCAUUGAUGAUAGUGACAUGUUGUUGGAUGAUUCUUACGCUUACAGCGAACGGAGACAUGAUGGCUUCUUUGUUUACCAGGGUCCGCUCGAUGACGAGGAAGAUAAGAAGAAGGCUACAUCCAAAAAGCCAACAUCGUCUUCGGCCAAUUCUUCAUCGAAGAAAUCGUCAGUCAAACGAAAAGCUGUGACGGAUCCGUCCGAUCAGUCGCAUUCUGAAACUGAAGGGGAUGGCAAAUCGACCAAAGGUGUUAAGAAAUCAGCUGCUAAAAAACCUGCGACAAAGGGGUCAUUGACUACGUUACAAGCUAAGAAGCGAAAGCCUGAAUCAACAACCGAUGUUGCAUCGAAAGACGAUAGUCAAAAGAAAAAGAAACCCAAACUGGAUGAUCCAACCGCGUCUCCGAGCAAAAAAUCAGAAUCAGUUAAAAAGAAGGCGACGAGUGAAGCAGCCAAGGAAGAGCAGAAGAUCGAAGGUGUUACAUCGACAUCUAAUGGAGACGUCUCGGACAAACCAGGGAGCGCUCAAAAUGGUGAAAAGGACGGCAGGCCGACCUCUCACAUGGCAAGUACCGACACUGCUACAACUAGCUCUCAGCAAAGCUCAGCGACCGUGGACGAAAAACCAAAGAAGGGUGCCAAUAAACCGGUAAAGCUAACGCCACUGGAUCCAGCUGUAGAAAAGAUUAUGGACCGACUACGAGAAGAUGUGGCCAAAGAGGACUUUGCGGUGAAAUCAAAGUUUCCACCUACUUUGCGACCUACCGUGUUGGCUGCAGGAACGCUUGUUUUCCGCCAGGCGAAUGGCCCUGAUGAUAAUUUCGUGAACCAUUUGAUGGCUAUCUUACCGUACAACAAGUUUACCUUACGUAAAUUUUUAUACAAGCAAGUCGGACCUUUGCGCAUUGAUGAACUGCAGACAGAGAUAGACGGCAUGAUCACAGUAUUAAAGCAACAGGUAGACGAGGCUAUGCCCGCUCAAAUUAAGCAGCACGCUGAAAUAGUAGCCAAAACCAAAGAAGAAGAUGGCCCAAAGCCCAGUGAAGGUUCAGAUGCAACGACUGAUGAUAAUGCCAAGGAAGACGGUGAACAGGCAGGGUCAGCUACUCGGUUUAGAUUCAACGAAGAGACGAGGAAAACACUGUACAAUAUCAUGAAAGCUGAAGUAGCAAGGACGAGUCUCAAGAAUGAAUUAAACCAAUUACUCAAAACAAAUGAACAGCCCAUAUCAGAAACGACUGCACGGAAACAAAUGUAUCAAAGGCUGAUGCAAUGCUUCCCGGACGGCUGGAUGACCACUUAUGAUAUGAGCCGGCAGUACAGUCAGUACAAGGUUCGGCAACAGAAGAAGGAAGACAAGACAGCAUCGAUUACCCCUCAUUAAUCUCAUCAUUCCCGUUUGCCAAAAUCCAUCCUUUUCACGUUGUAAUUUUUUUUUUUUUCACUAAUCGCUCCCAGAAAAAGAAAACACACUACCAAUGCAUACCAAGGUCUAAUACACAAUUUAUUAUGAAGAA